AUGUCAUUCUCGUGGCAAACGAUAGAAUUUCUGUCUGUCUGUUUUGCUAUCAUUUUGAUUAUCUUGUUAACAGUUGGCGGUAAUCUUGUUGUUUUAUUUGCCUUUUGUAAUGAUCCACAUCUUUUAACACCAUCGAAUAAUUUUCUUCUUUCAAUGGCUAUCGCUGAUCUACUUGUCGGUCUAGUUGGUAUGCCGUUUUAUGCAUACGCACAAAUGAAAGAUUCCUGGCCAUUCGGUGAACUUUUCUGCAAGAUUUGGAUCACAAUUGAUGACGUUGUCACAAUGGCAAGUGUUCUCUCGAUCGUCGCGAUCACCAUUGAACGUUACUGGAGUAUUAAUCAUAGUGUACAUUACCGUCGUCAUACAACAAAGACACGCAUACGAUUAUUCUCCAUAUUAAUCUGGCUCAUUCCAUUUCUGAACUUUGCACCUGGUAUAUGGCUAUUGAAAUCAACCGAACAAACGAGUGCAUCGAUUCUAGUCGAUAAUGAUACUAAUAGGACGAAUUACGAAUGUAUCGGUGCUUAUCAUUCACAUACAGUCUAUUUAAUCAUGUCACAAAUCAAUUUCUUUGCUUGGCCAUUAGUUGUUAUUAUCGUUCUCAAUGUUCUCAUCGUUGUUAAUCUUUAUAAACGAUCACAUCGUUUUCCUGGUUUUGUCAGUUUCCGAGUGCUACAACACAGACAACCACCACCACCAUCAAAACGGCAUCGUUCGAGUUCGUUGAGAGAACAAUGUCGUCAGAAAAUUGAAAUAGAAGACGUACAACAACAACAACAGCAGCAGCUGCACCAACACCCACAAAAGAUUAACCAUAAUCCACAAAUAACAACAGUUAUUAAUGGAACCAACUGUUAUCAAACAAAUAAAAUCGAUUUCGAACAAAACAAUAUCAAUCAUGUCGAUGAAAGACAGUCUGCUAGUCGAGAUAUAAGCGAUGUUCCAAAUGAAGAUGGUUCAAUUGAACUUCAGGAACUUCCGUCGAUGGAAUUACAUACUAAACAGCCGAAAAACUUCUAUUUCCGUAUUAGACAAGCGUUUUUAUCGAAUGGAACUUCAACGAUUACACCGCCGAGUGAACGUCGAUCGUCCAAAUCGACGCAAACAUUAUGUUUAAAGUCCAAAACCAAAUCUAAACCAAGAGAUAAUUCAAUCACCGUUUGGCGUCACAAUUCGGUCAAUAUUCCUCUUUCCGAGCUACCGAACACGGCCGCCAACAAUCUGGCGACGACCGGUGCAGGUGAACAACGUACUGUUCGACGUUUAAGACGGGAUAAACGUGCGGCGACAUCACUCUUCACCUUAGUACUCGUAUUUAUGAUAUUUCUGUUGCCUUAUGUAUUCGUCGUUGUUGUUGGACGAAUAUUUUCACUUGAAAUCCUGACUGAUACACGUGGACAAGUUUAUUCUGCAUCAUUUUGGCUUUUAUGGCUUAAUUCAACCAUCAAUCCCAUUCUUUAUCCAUUCAUUCAACCACGUUUUCGUGAAGCGUAUAGAAAACUUUUUGUAAGAUUCACCAGACGACAACGACGCCUAGCUGCAUUGAUCGUGGACAUACAACGCGGAAAAUAA